AUCAAACCCACGCCCUUCCUGUGCCUCACGCUGAAGAUGCUGCAGAUCCAGCCCGAGAAGGACAUCAUCGUGGAGUUCAUCAAGAACGAGGACUUCAAGUACGUGCGGAUGCUGGGCGCCCUGUACAUGAGGCUGACGGGCACUGCCAUCGACUGCUACAAGUACCUCUUACAAAUGGGACCUGCCUCGCAUCUUUUGCGUUUCCCAAACACUUAAUUUGAACUGAUGCAUGUGGAUGAAUUUAUUGAUGAACUACUCCAUGAGGAACGCGUGUGUGAUAUCAUUCUGCCUCGAUUACAGAAACGGUAUGUUCUGGAAGAAGCUGAGCAACUCGAACCUCGUGUUAGUGCUUUGGAAGAAGACAUGGAUGAUGUGGAGUCGAGUGAGGAGGAGGAGGAGGAAGAUGAAAAAUUGGAACGAGUACCCUCUCCCGAUCACCGCAGAAGAGGCUACAGAGACCUGGAUAAACCCCGCAGAUCUCCUGUUGUGAGAUACAGGCGGAGCCGAAGCAGGUCUCCAAGAAGACGAAGCCGUUCUCCAAAGAGAAGAAGCCCAUCGCCACGCCGGGAGAGGCAUCGCAGCAAAAGCCCGAGACGGCACAGGAGCAGAUCCAGGGAGAGGCGGCACAGAUCAAGAUCUAAAUCUCCAGGGCAUCACCGUAGUCACAGGCACAGAAGUCACUCUAAGUCACCUGAAAGAUCUAAGAAAAGUCACAAGAAAAGUCGUCGAGGGAAUGAAUAGAGAACUAAACCAAGCAGGCAUUUUAGGGACCUUGAACCACAGUCUAAUACUGCCCUUUUUGCUUUAUGGGGCAGUAAGAGAUGUACUGACUGUUUUAGCAGUCUAAUUCCUU